UCCCUACCAGCAUAAGUGGGUGCAGCCAUGGACCUCCUCACGCCGCAGCCCACCUGGAUGGAGAUCCUGAACAAGAAGCUGAGAUUCCCACCUCCGCUGCUGGCUGCCAUCCAGGAGGGGCGCCUGGGCCUCGUGCAGCAGUUGCUGGAGUCGGGGGUCGAGGCAGCGGGCAGCGGGCCAGGAGGGCCCCUGAGGAACGUGGAGGAGGCCGAGGAUCGCUCCUGGAGGGAAGCUCUCAAUCUGGCCAUCCGGCUGGGCCAUGAGGCCAUCACUGACGUGCUGCUGGCCAAUGUCAAGUUUGACUUCCGGCAGAUUCACGAGGCCCUGCUGGUGGCCGUGGACACAAACCAGCCAGCAGCCGUGCGGCGCCUGCUGGCCCGGCUGGAACGAGAGAAGGGCCGCAAGGUGGACACGAGGUCUUCCUCGCUGGCUUUCUUUGACUCGUCCAUCGACGGCUCGCGCUUUGGCCCUGGGGUCACCCCACUGACCCUGGCCUGCCAGAAGGACUUGUACGAGAUCGCGCAGCUGCUCAUGGAGCAGGGCCACACCAUUGCCCGGCCGCACCCAGUCUCCUGCGCCUGCCUCGAGUGCAGCAACGCCCGCCGCUACGACCUGCUCAAGUUCUCCCUGUCCCGCAUCAACACGUACCGCGGCAUGGCCAGCAGGGCCCACCUCUCCCUGGCCAGCGAGGACGCCGUGCUGGCCGCCUUCCAGCUCAGCCGGGAGCUCAGGCGCCUCGCGCGCAAGGAACCGGAGUUCAAGCCCGAGUACAUUGCCCUGGAGUUGCUGAGCCAGGACUAUGGCUUUGAACUGCUGGGCAUGUGCCGAAACCAGAGCGAGGUCACUGCGGUGCUCAAUGAUUGGGGCGAGGACAACGAGACUGAACCUGAGGCUGAUGGCCUGGGCCAGGCCUUUGAGGAAGGCAUCCCCAACCUGGCGAGGCUGCGACUGGCCAUCAACUACAACCAGAAGCGGUUUGUAGCACACCCCAUCUGCCAGCAAGUCCUGUCCUCCAUCUGGUGUGGGAACCUGGCUGGCUGGCGUGGAAGCACCACCAUCUGGAAGCUCUUCAUUGCUUUCCUCAUCUUCCUCACCAUGCCCUUCCUCUGCCUUGGCUACUGGCUGGCACCCAAGUCCCGGCUGGGCCGUCUGCUAAAGAUCCCAGUGCUGAAGUUCCUGCUGCACUCGGCCUCGUAUCUGUGGUUCCUUAUCUUCCUGCUGGGUGAAUCCCUGGCCAUGGAGUCACAACUGAGUACCUUCCACGGCCGCAGCCAGACCGUCUGGGAGACCUCCCUACACAUGGUUUGGGUCACAGGUUUCCUGUGGUUUGAGUGCAAGGAAGUGUGGAUCGAGGGCCUGCGCAGUUACCUCCUGGACUGGUGGAACUUUCUGGACAUGGUCAUCCUGUCCCUGUACCUGGCAGCCUUCGCGCUGCGCCUCCUUCUGGCUGGGCUUGCCCACGUGCACUGCCGGGAUGCCCCUGAUGGAGCCACCUGCCACUAUUUCACCACAGCUGAGCGAAGUGAGUGGCACACUGAGGACCCCCAGUUCUUGGCGGAGGUACUGUUUGCUGUCACCAGCAUGCUCAGCUUCACCCGCCUGGCCUACAUCCUGCCGGCCCACGAGUCACUGGGGACUCUGCAGAUUUCCAUCGGCAAGAUGAUUGACGACAUGAUUCGGUUCAUGUUCAUCCUCAUAAUCAUCUUGACUGCCUUCCUCUGUGGUCUCAACAACAUCUAUGUGCCCUACCAGGAGACGGAGAGGCUGGGCAAUUUCAACGAGACAUUCCAGUUUCUGUUCUGGACUAUGUUUGGCAUGGAGGAGCACAGCGUUGUAGACAUGCCUCAGUUUCUGGUGCCUGAAUUCGUGGGCCGGGUCCUCUAUGGCAUCUUUACCAUUGUCAUGGUCAUUGUGCUGCUCAACAUGCUCAUCGCCAUGAUUACCAACUCCUUCCAGAAGAUUGAGGACGACGCCGAUGUAGAGUGGAAGUUUGCUCGCUCCAAGCUCUACCUGUCCUACUUCCGGGAGGGCCUGACGCUGCCUGUGCCCUUCAACAUCCUGCCCUCCCCCAAAGCCCUCUUCUACCUCCUCAGGAAAAUUUUCCGCCUCAUCUGCUGUUGCUGCUCCUGCUGCAAAAGCAAGAAGCUGGACUAUCCGCCAAUCCCCACCUUUGCCAAUCCCGGGGCAGGGGCAGGGCCUGGGGAGGGAGAGCACAGAUCCUACCGCCUCCGAGUCAUCAAGGCCCUGGUACAGCGCUACAUAGAGACUGCCCAGCGGGAGUUUGAGGAGACCCGACGGAAAGACCUUGGCAACAGACUCACAGAGCUGACGAAGACAGUGUCUCGCCUGCAAAGUGAUGUGGCUGGUGUGCGGAGGACCCUGGCAGAGGGAGGGACAUCCUGGCCACCUGAAGGUGCCAGCAUCCUCAGUCGCUACAUCACCCGAGUGCGUAACAGCUUCCAGAACCUGGGCCCUCCCAUCCCCGAAACCCCAGAGCUGACAGAGCCAGGGAUCGUGGAGACUCCAGCUUCUGGAGAGUCUGGCCCUUCCUCCCCAGCUCACGUGUUAGUGCACAGGGAGCAGGAAUCAGAGGCGGCUGGGGACCUGCCCCAGAAGGAAGAUUUGGGAAUCAAGGAGGGGUCCUGAUGCAGUGGGAGGGUCCCUUCUGUUGCUUGGUAGAGCAGCCUAGGUGGGUGAGGAUAGGUGUCACUCAGUAGAAGCCUAUGCUGCUUUACUUGCCUCAAUAAAGUUUCUGUUCUGGAUGUCAGAUGCCUCCAGAAUGUGUGAGAAUCUCUGUCUCUCCAUGUUUUGAGGUUCCCCUUCCCUCACCCCUAAAAUGGACUCUUGUGAGAGCAGGACAGAGAGAAAGGUCUUGCUCUGGGGUCCCAGGUAUCUCAGGCUUAGGCUCCUACUUUGAGUUAGAAUCUUUAGUCAAAAGAGUUCUGGACUGGGAGGCAGGGAGCCUGGUUUCAAUACUAACUCUUUGACCCUAAGCAAGUUGCUUCCCUCCUUAGCUUUGCAUUCCUCUUCUGAGAAAUGGGCUGAUGAAUCCAUCUGUCCUCUUUCCUUCCUUCCUUCCUUCCUUUGGGGAGUUUGUGAGGAAUCUCUGGCUGUUAAAGCUUCUGGGUUUGCAAGUUGUGGUAUGUGACAGGGGUCUGCACAGGAGACCAUGUCUAGGAGUG